UACGCGUACGCGAGCGAAGCCAACGCAGACUGGCGUGCCCGCCGAAACCAAACCUUAUCUUUCCCCCCAUAUACCACAGUGCAGAGGUCCAGCAGCCCGCCCGCCCGCCCCACCGGAGAGAAAGAACCAUACGCAUCCCACCAACGCGAGCAGCUCAGAGAUCCUCAGAAUCACUGCUACGCUGUACCCCUAGCUCCCAAGGUCAGCAGCAGCAGCAAAGGAGCGAGAUAAUAAGAGAGGUGGUGGUGGCGCGCGAUUUCGCCCGUUCGUCUCCAAAAGCAUCGCGACACCGGGAAGCGGCCACCCAGAGCGCGCGCGAGCGAGCGAGUCAGCCAUCCGUCCGUCCGUCCUUCGAGCAUGGCAGCGCUAGUGGACUCGCUGUGCGCCCCAAGCGUCGUCGUCGACAAUGCGGCAGCGCUCGUCUACGACACCUUCAACGCCGCCUCGGCCGCGGGGUUCUUCUUCGACAAUGCCGCGUGUUUCUACGACGGCGCCGCCGGCAUUGUCGGCCCUCCGGCUCCCGCGCCGCAGGAGGCGCCGGCCGGGGAGGCGUCGUCGGCUGCGCCGCCCAGGAGGAAGCGGCGGCGGCGGGCGAGGAGCUGCAAGUCGAGGGAGGAGGCCGAGUGCCAGCGGAUGACGCACAUCGCCGUGGAGCGCAACCGCCGGCGCCAGAUGAACGAGUACCUCGUCCAGCUCCGCUCCCUCAUGCCCGAGUCCUACGUCCAGAGGGGCGACCAAGCCUCGAUCGUCGGAGGGGCGAUCGAUUUCGUCAAGGAGCUGGAGCAGCAGCUACAGUCCCUAGAAGCGCAGAAGCGCAGGCUCUCCGAUCACCAGCAGCAGCGCAAGGCGCCGAUGCCGACGGCCACGGCCGCGGCCGCACCCUGCGCCGUGGAGUCCACGAGCAACUGCAGCAGCGGCGUCACGGAGUCCGACACGCCCGACUCCGCCGCCCCGUUCGCGGGGUUCUUCACGUACCCGCAGUACGUGUGGUGCCACUCCCCGCGAGACUCCGCGGCGACGCUCUCGGCGGAGGAGAGCCGCGCCGGCGUGGCCGACAUCGAGGUGAGCCUCGUCGAGACGCACGCCAGCGUCCGCGUCAUGGCGCCGCGGCGGCCGGGCCAGCUGUUCCGGAUGGUCGCCGAGCUGCAGGCGCUCCGGCUCACCGUGCUGCACCUCAACGUCACCGCGCUCGGCUCCCUCGUCCUCUACUCCCUCAGCGUCAAGGUGGAGGAGGGGUGCGGCCUGACGACGGCGGACGACAUCGCCGCGGCGGUGCACCAUGUCCUCUGCUUCAUACACGCGGAGGCGGCGCAGCAGAUGCUCGCGGCCGCGCAAUAGGCCACCGCGCGCAGCCACGGCUUGGAUUGGAUGGAGGAUCAUAUUCCACAUGUAUGUAGUACUCAGCUAGGUAGUGCAAUGCCAUAAGCAGCAAAGGAUUGUUAUGUCCUUAUUAAUUCGUCCGGUCUUCUGAGCUUAGGUGUUGUAGCGGUGUACGUCGAGCUGCAGUUUUUUUUCCUUCUUGCAACGUUUUGGCAAAUGUAUCCAGUAAGAUGUGACGGUGUAGUAGCAGCUGAGAUUUCGCAAUGUUAUGGGCAAGUUAUAUUACA